AUGUUUGAUUCUUUACUUGACGAGAUAUGGUUACUUUCUAUGAAAGAAGAACUUAUCCAAUUUAAACGUAGCAAUGUUUGGGACCUUGUUCUGCGCCCACUUGAUAAAACUGUCAUUGACACGAGAUGGGUAUUUAAGAACAAAAUGGAUGUAAAUGGUGUAACUACUAGAAGUAAAGAAAGAUUUGUGGCAAAAGGAUAUAGUCAAGCUCAAAUUCUCAAGAAGUUCGAUAUGAAAGAUUUGAGUAGUAACUCAACACCCAUGGCCUCAAAUGUGCUUAUUGACAAAGAUGAAAAAGGAGUAGAUUUCGACAUAACCAUGUAUAGAGGUAUAAUCGGAUCCUUACUCUAUCUAAUCACGAGUAGGCCAAAUAUCAUGUUUAGUGAGUACAUGUGUGCUAGAUAUCAAGCAUCACCUAAGGAAUCCCACUUUAAGAUUGUAAAACGUGUUUUUAGGUAUCUUUACGGAACCUUCCAUCACGGUAUUUGGUAUACUAAAGAUAGUGCUUGUAGCUUAGUAGGUUUUUUUAUUCCUAUUUCGCGGGUGAAAGUAGGAAUAGGAAAAGCACUAGUGGUGCCUAUCACUUAUUUGGAAGUUUUUUAG